AUUAUUAGGCUGCUCUAUUAGAGAACACCACCACAUCGCACUCUCAGAGCCAUUUAAUCUCCCCGGAGAAGGGCGCUUUUCCGGCGAUCGGAAGUCAUGGGUAAUUGCAUUGAGACAUGCAAAAACAGCCAGCAAGUAGAGAACCAGAAGCAACAGAAUGAAGAAGAAGAAGAAGAAGACGAAGACAAAACAGCUGAAUUUGAAAAGGAAAAUGGGUUUCAGACAAGUGGUACGAGGAUUAAAAUAGUGUUGACAAAGGAGGAGUUGGGGUGGCUAUUACUCCAACUGAAAGAAAAAGGAGGUAAAAGGUUAGAAGAUGUGUUGGAAGAGAUAGAGAGAAGCAGAAGUAAAGUUAGUGGGUGGAAACCUUCUUUAGAGAGUAUAAUGGAAAGUCCUGAAGUGCUUGAGAUGGACAGAUCAUGACCCAUGAAUCCUUCCAUUGUCUGUCCUCUUUUGCCCUUUUCCCUCUUCAUCUUCUUCUUCUGUUCCACUGGGUUUUUUGAUCCAUUUUUGUAAUUAUGUUUCGCCUUAGCUUUAGAGCCUUGGUGUCGGCUGAGAUGAAAUGAUGGGUAGUGGUUGUUCAAAUACAAUCUUUUUCCUUUCUUUCCAGUUUUUUUCUGAUGUAAUUAUUGUAAAAAUGGCGUACCCAGUGAACCCGAGAUCUGAUGUAGUUAAUGUAUGACCCUAAUUUUGUGUGCAAAUUUUCCUUUUCCAUGUUAAAUAGGUUUAGUUCUAUUUCUUUCCACUGAUGAAGGAAGAAGUGUGCACACAGAAGCUUAUGUGGGCAAAUAAUUUGG